AAAUAUCUUCCUUUGUGUUCAAUUAAGUUGAUCUCUCUUCUCGCAAUUCGUAUCUCUUAUCUUUUUCAUAAAAUAAAUUGGAUUUUGUGCUUAUCUUCUCCUCACCUUCACCUUAUCACCUUUCCCUCUUCCUCCAUAUAAAUACUAGUGUGAUCCGUCAAAUUCAAUGUUCAAAAACGUUUCAAAUCCUCGUAACAAGCAUUCAGAAAGACACAAUUUCUUUGUUGUUGUUCCUUGUUCUGGAAAUAAUAAGCUGGAACGAAAAAUAAGCAGCUGGCAGAGAAGUUAUCAAAUCAUAAUAAUUAGGAGAUAAGAAGAUAAUUAGAACCAAAACAAGUGACUAAGUUUGAGAGAAAAUUGAAGACCUGGAGUGUUUUAAAAUCUGUUGGAUUGACGUACUGCUGGACCCUUGACUCAUUCAGAUUAAAUAUUUAUAUGAUAACAUGUGACUUAUGAAGGGCGGAUUAUUUGACGCUUCCAACCGCACCCACUUUCCUAUUGCAGAAUUGUACUACAAAAGAUUACCUACCUCGCAUCAUAAGCAAUUAUUAUUAGCAGCCUAAUGUAUUAGUGCGACACUACAUAUUUAAAGCAUUUCAGUUACCGUUCACCGUUAAUAAUGCAAGAGUAGCGUGAAUUCGUUCUGCUGUGAUUUCGUCAAAUUCAAAGUAAUUUUGUGCUUUACCAUAAUACCCUCCUAUUCCGUCGUCUUAAAUUUCUUCGUACGAGUCGUCGUAUACAGUUUAAUGUAAUCUCAAAGUUCAUGAUCUUUAACAACUUGUAAUCAGUCAGUGCCGGACACGGAAGAGAAUUUAUAUAUUUUUUAUAUACACAAUUCCUUGUAAAUCUAUUUAACUAACUGUCCUUUGAGGAAUCUAUUCUUUGCUAACUCAACUACAAAGCCAAUUCAAUAACAAAACGCAUAAUAUUCCUAAAAACAACCAAAGACGUACAAUUAAUUAUUAGUAUAAACAGUGAAAUUUAUAAGAUAACAAAUGGACGCUGCCGUAGAAGCACCGGAGCAUGCAGAGGCUGAGUCUCCGAGCAACCGUUUAGUUGGACUUUUGCUGCGACACGCGAGUCAAAAUUCGUUAGAUGAGAGUUCUCAAAGGAAUCAGUCUAAUUUGCCUGAAGAAGAUGAUUAUCGGCACUUGUACGAGAAUCAGUCCCAUUUUGGUAAAGCUUUCGGCAUGCUGGACACUUUGCGCAAAAACUCUUCCCUUUGCGACGUAACAUUAAUCGCUGAAGAGUUGGAAAUUCCAGCUCAUCGCAUGAUUCUGGCAGCAUGUUCUCCUUAUUUCUACGCAAUGUUUACCUCCUUCGAAGAAAAGGAUAAGGAAAAGGUCAAAAUACUUGGUGUUGAGCCUACCUCUCUCCAAAUCUUGGUGACUUACGUGUAUACAGGACAGAUCAGCAUUUCCGAAGAUAACGUGCAAACUUUACUGCCUGCUGCAAAUCUCCUACAGCUUCAUGAUGUGAAGGAGGCGUGCUCGGAUUUUUUAAAAUCGCAAAUUCAUCCCUCUAAUUGUCUGGGUAUUAGAGCAUUUGCCGACUUGCACGGAUGUCUUGAUCUCUUAACCGCUACAGAAACGUUUAUCGAAUUUAAUUUUGCGGAUGUGGUUGAAGGGGAAGAGUUUCUAUCAUUAAAUGUUCAAGAGGUAAUCGCCCUAAUUUCUAGCGACAAGCUUACUACAAGCGAAGAAACGGUUUUUGAGUCUGUGCUAAAUUGGAUCAACUAUGACCACGAGGGGAGACGGGAACAUGUCCCAACUCUCAUGGAAAAUGUUCGCCUUCCUCUUCUCUCUCAGGAUUAUUUGUUACAUCGCGUCGAUGAAGAACCACUCCUUCGCCUUAAUCCAACCUGUAAGGAUUUAUUGAUCGAGGCCCUCAAAUUUCAUUUACUUCGAGGGGAACAGAAAGCUACGUUUUCCAGUCCUAGGACUAAACCGAGACAGCCUAUUGGAUUGCCCAAAGUUUUAUUGGUGGUGGGUGGUCAAGCCCCGAAAGCAAUCAGAUGCGUAGAAUCCUAUGAUUUUAAGGAUGAACGUUGGAGACUUUUACCAGAUAUGCCGUCACGAAGAUGUAGAGCUGGCUUGGCUGUUGUACAUAACAAAGUUUAUGCCGUGGGAGGCUUUAACGGGUCUCUACGAGUGAAAACAGUGGACAUCUUUGACCCUCAAACAGGGAAAUGGACGACCGGACCUCCCAUGAAUGCUAGAAGAUCUACUCUGGGGGUGGCAGUGUUAAACCAUAAAAUUUAUGCGAUUGCUGGGUUUGAUGGCACGACCGGAUUGAAUACAGCUGAACUCUUCGACCCUGUCCGAGGGGAUUGGCAAACCAUCUCAUCCCUCUCCACCAGACGAAGUUCCGUCGGCGUAGGCGUUCUGAACGGGAUGGUCUAUGCUGUUGGAGGGUAUGACGGAGCAAGUCGCCAAUGCUUGUCUAGUGUGGAACGAUACGAUGCUGAAUUAGAUAGUUGGACGACAGUGGCAGAAAUGUCGGCGAGACGAUCUGGAGCGGGUGUUGGGGUCUUGGAAAAUGUAUUGUAUGCGGUUGGAGGACACGAUGGGCCUAUUGUCAGGAAAUCGGCCGAAAAAUUUGACCUAGUAUCUAAUAAAUGGACUUCUGUCGCGGAAAUGUCGACCUGCCGAAGGAAUGCGGGAGUGGUCGCACUCGGGGGGUACUUGUAUGUGGUAGGCGGUGAUGAUGGUACCUGCAACUUAUCUUCCGUUGAAGUUUAUGACCCAAAGACUGAUUCUUGGAAGCUGCUUAGUUCUUCACUGGUUAUGGGGAGAAGUUAUGCUGGAGUGAUCGUUAUCGAUAAGCCCUCGGGUUAUCAACAAUUUAGUUAGAGUGUCGCUGCUCAACCUCUUUCGUGUAUGCUACCAACAAGCCCUAUUAAGGGAUGGUCUGGAAUAAAUAGUAAAGCUUUUCAAAUGCAUUUACCUGUAGUUCAAACGUAAGGAAAAUUUCCAUGAAAAUUUGCAUUUCUUUUCUUCACCAUUCAUCCCGGAUCAUCCCUUACACACAUUUACUGAUUUACUAUGUCAGUAUGUAAUCGUAUGUAAUGUCGAAAGUAAAAUGAGACCUUAGCUAUCGUAACGAAAUAUGCAAUUAAAGAUGAUGCUUCACGUAUGUACGUAUAACCGUA